AUGGAAUGGUUCAUUUUGCAAAAGCUUUCAGCGCUCCUGUCAUAUACCCUAAAAACUCACGUUGCGGAAAUAGGACUUUUAAUUUUUAAUUGUUCGGAUUUGAGCGAGCUGUUGGCAAACCAACUGUCGGACAAAGCCGAGGUUCUGGAUUACAGCAGAAACAAGUUUACUACCCUCCCUAUCAUCAGCGAAUCAAAGGAAUGUCCAGACAAACACAAGUGUACAACAACUAACUCCACCUACCACUGUCGACUGGACAUCUCCUUUAGCAGAAACCAGAUCAGUAACUUCACCGAAGAGUCCCUUCGUGCCGUGAGCUGUCUGAGGACAUUAGACUUGUCAUUCAAUGAACUCACCGCCGAUGCGUUUAACGCCAAUACGUUUCAGUCAGGUGUGUACUACCUGCAGCGUCUGAUACUCAACAACAACCCCAUCGGCCGCCUUCCUGGCAACGUCAUCACUCAGCCAUUUAUGCCAUACCUCAGAGAGCUGGACCUCUCGCACUGCCAUCUAGAAGAUUUAUCCAACAAACGCCAGAACCAGCUGACCUACAUGCCUGAGAACAUCUUUGGUGACCUGGUCAGUCUGAAAGUCCUACUACUCUCUGACAACAAGAUCCAGGGUUUCCACGAGGGAGCAUUUUACAGAUAUUCCAGCCUUGAAAUUCUGGACCUUCGAAAUAACCAGCUGACCAGUGUCCCAUACACAGCACUGGACAAACUGACCAAACUCCAGUCUCUAGAUUUGAGUCAGAAUCCUAUCCGGCAAGUGACCAGAGGCCCCAUUACCAGCGGUGUGCAGACAUUGGCCCUUGACAACAUCCCUGACCUGGCAGAGUUAGGGCCCUACUCCCUGGCAUCGUUUACUGGCCUGGUCUCUCUGUCCGUCAGUGGCAACAAGGCCCUGCAAGCAAUCCAUCCUAAGUUCCUGGGAGACAAUCCAGCUACAUUAAAACACGUUCGUCUAGAAAACAACAAGUUAUCUACCUUAGGCAGCGACGCCUUGCCAUGGAAACAGUUGACUGGACUGAAACUGGGCGGCAACCCCUGGUACUGCGACAACCAGCUGGGCUGGAUGAUCAAGGCACUCA